AUGAUUCUGCAUUUUGCAAUUUUACGCCGAUUUUGGGCGUGAUUUAUGUUCAUCGGAAACCAGUCGAUUUUGCUGUAAAAUAUCAACUAGUCUCCAUUGAGCUACUGGAAUUCAACCGCGGUUUUUUUUGUGUGGUGGCGCUGAGUCAAUUGUUUGAGAUUUUGAUCCGGAUAUGCAAAAGUUAGUGAUAUAAAUAGGGAAGAAUUGGGAAAGUGAGGACAAAACCAUCAGCUUAAAUGGUUGGCAAAAGCAAUGGUCGCCAGGAAAAUGAAGAAGAAUCUGAUAUGGAACCAUAUGUGGGAUUGGAAUUCAAUACAGCUGAAGAGGCACAGGAGUUUUACAGUAUGUAUGCAAGUCAGGCGGGUUUUAAAACAAGGAUAGGGCAGCUGUAUAGAUCACGAGUAGAUGGUUCUGUAAUUUCCCGAAGAUUUGUGUGCGCAAAGGAGGGAUUUCAGACACCCAUGAGAACUGGUUGUCCUGCUUUCAUAAGAGUGCAAAAAGUGGACUCUGGUAAGUGGGUUGUUGCCAAUGUAAAGAAGGAACAUAACCAUGAAAUUGAAGCCUCAGAAGAAAUAUAUACUUCUCGGAUACCGAGGAAAGUUUUUCCGACUCCAACAUCAUCAAUAGGUGGGGCUAGUCGGACGGGAAUUAGAUCACACGAAGAUGAUAGUCCAUCUGCUGCAGUAGAUACUAAGCGUUUCAAAAAGGAAGAGAUGAACACAGUUAAUGGACCCUCGGGUGAACCUUCUACGGGUCUUGAGUUUAAUUCUGCCAAUGAUGCAUACAAAUUUUACUACGCAUAUGCAACUAACACGGGGUUCAGAAUCAGGAUAGGUCAAUUAUUCCGCUCUAAACAUGAUGGCUCGAUUACAUCUCGAAGAUUUGUGUGUUCCAAGGAAGGACGUCAGCACCCUUCCAGAGUUGGUUGCGGAGCAUACAUGAGAAUACAAAGACAUGAAGCAGGAGGUUGGGUGGUUGAUCGUCUUCAGGUGGAACACAACCAUGCACUUGGCAUCCCAUUGGAUCCUAAUAGAACAGUGGAUGUUGCACCGAAAGGGUGCAGAGAGGAAGAUAGUAGCGUGCUGGAGAAUUUGGAUUUGGUUGAAACAGAUGGAGGCCUCAGCCUAGUCAAACGAGACAGAGAGAGUAGGAUUGAUAAUGAUUGGUACGGUGUGCUGUUUGAGUAUUUUCAGUCUCAGCAAGCUGAAGAAACAGGGUUUUUUUAUGCGGUGGAAAUGCGGGCGGGUAAAGGCAUGAACCUUUUCUGGGCUGAUGCGCGAUCUAGAUUUUCAUGUGCUCAGUUUGGCGAUGCAAUUGUGUUUGAUACAACUUACAGGAGAGAUAAUCAUUCUGUGCCAUUUGCUUCAUUUGUUGGUAUCAAUCAUCAUAGGCAACCAGUACUGCUUGGUUGUGCUCUGAUUGCUGAUGAAUCUGAGGAGUCAUUUACUUGGAUAUUUCAGGCUUGGGCCAGGGCAAUGUCAGGUUGUCGUCCUGUAUCUAUAAUAGCUGAUCAGGACAGAGCCAUUCAACAUUCAAUUGCACAAGUUUUCCCCGGGACUCAUCAUCGAUUUUCAGCAUGGCAAAUUGUUGCGAAGGAACAAGAGAAUUUGGGUGCAUUACUUUCCAUGGAUGCUGAGUUCAAAUAUCAGUAUGAAGCUUGCAUUGUUCAGAGUCAAACAGCGAGUGAAUUUGAUUUCGCUUGGAACAUGCUUAUGGACAAAUAUAAUCUGUCCGAUAAUGCAUGGCUUAAGGAGAUGUAUCAGAUGCGUAAAAGUUGGGUUCCUUUGCACAUAAAAGGAACAUUCUUUGCAGGAAUCCCUGUGGAUGGGAGCUUAAAAUCGUACUUCAGUACAUAUUUUACUGCCCAGUCACCUCUCAAUGAAUUUAUAGAGCGGUAUGAGAAAGCUUUGGAAAAGCGCUAUGAAGAGGAAAGGAAGGAGGAUUAUAACUCAUUUAAUGUGCAAGCAGUCUUGCACACGAAAGAUCCCAUUGAAGAUCAAUGUAGGAGGCUAUACACAAUUUCAAUGUUCAAAGUGUUCCAAAAGGAGCUUUUGGAUUGCUACAAUUAUGUUGGGACCAAGAUUAAUGUCGAAGGUGCAAUCAGUAGAUAUCUGGUGCAAAACUGUGGAAAUGGGGAUGAGAGGAAUACAGUUGCCUUUAACGCAUCGAACUUGAAUAUCAGUUGUAGUUGUAAAAUGUUUGAGUUUGAAGGCGUGCUUUGUCGGCACACGUUGAAGAUCUUCCAAAUGAUGAACAUAAGGGAGCUUCCAUCUCGCUAUAUCUUACACCGGUGGACUACAAAUGCAAAAUAUGGCAUAAUUCGGGACUCUGAUUCAUUAGGUGGUUCCCAUAACUUUAAAGCCUUGAUGUUGUGGAGUUUAAGGGAGGAAGCUUGUAACUAUAUUGAAGCAGGAACAGCAUCCUUUGAAAGGUACAAGCUUGCGUUUGAGAUCAUGCAGGAGGGUAGAAGAAACUUCUGUUGGCAAAACUAGAAACAUAUCUCAAACCACAGGUUAGAAAUGUCUCUUUGUUCAGUUUCAGCUAUGUAGUUAAUUAGAAUCGUUCUCGUUAUCUGUAAAAUAUAUCAGAGCAGAAAAUCUUGGCUCCAAUUCUCUUUUUGAGUCUAUCAAGCUUGCAGAGUUCAUUAUCCCUACUUAAA